GGGCUUCACCACAGGGGCCGAGCAUUGUGCAGAGGAGAGCCCUGCAGCCCCAUCCAGCUCCAACCCUGCUUGCAGAUCCCUUGGCCCCUGCAGCACCAUGAAUGUCGCCACAGCCACCCUGGUUGCUCUCCUCCUCGUGGUCACCUGCUCCCCAUCUGAGGCCCAUCUCGAUGGCGUUCCCAACACCUGCUGCGUCAGCUACCAGAAACACCCCAUCCCGCGGAGCCUUGUCGCCUCUGCCUACAUCACCAGCAGCAGCUGCACCCAGCCAGGGGUGAUCCUGGUCACCAAGAAGAAGAAGGAGCUGUGCACGGACCCGCAGCUGCCCUGGGUGCAGGCACAUCUGAAGUACUUCCAGACCAUGAAGAACUGACUCUUCCCUGCUGCCACCCGCAAUGCCCCAUGUGCUGUGCCCAGCGGGCUUGGGUUCCAGCCCCAGGCAUGCAAGAGACUACUUGAACUGCAGCCGUGUUCGAUGGGAAAAAUUAUUCUAUUUAACUUAUUUAAGUUAAACUAAAUAUGUUUUGCUAAGAAAAGGGACAGUAGAAAAAUAAUUUAAACUCUAUCUAAGUAAUAAUUUAAACCAAAAUAUCUUAAACCAUAUCAAUAUAUGCCUGUUAAUGAAGGGUUAGGAAUUCUGAUGCCUAAACAAAGCGCUUGUGCUACGAACCCCUCCGGACGUCUCUGAAGUCCCUGCUGGAGCCCCGGUGUGGGAGAAGGGACCCACGGGGACGCCCUUGCCCUCCCCGCACCCUGGGUCCACUGCUCCCCGCCCUGGGCAGGGAGGCCUUGGCCCCUCAGCAGCUCCCGUGGAGCUUCCCCCUCCCCAGCCCCCGUGGGUUCAGCUCUGGUGCCGCACAUCACGUCCCCAAGCGGGUGACACCAGCAUCUCACCUGGGGCGGCCAGUGCCGGCUCCUGUUUGGGAAAUGACCUGGCAGCACCCGCGGUGCCAAGGGGAGGGUCAGGGCCACCGCGGAGGCCCUCGCGCCACAGCAUUUCGGCACAUCAACAAGGCCACGUGUGAUGUUCCAGCUUUUAUUAGUGAGGCUCUGCAGGUUUCUGGGAGAGGGGCUGGGAGGGCAGCUGGGUGCCGGGGUGUCCUGCGAGGAUGUUACUACGUGGUCGUGGAGUUUGUGCAUAUAUACAUUUAAGUGAUAAGGGUCAUUGUGUUCAUAUCCCAAACAUUACUAUAAAUCUAGAUGAAUAACUAAACUGAAUAAAACAAGUGGCAAACUCAAGACAGGACCUGAGGCCUUC